UUUUUAGGUUAGGUGUGUUAAAAAUAAUUUUAUAAGCAUGUCUAAACCGAUUACGUUCGUUACUGGCAACUCCAGAAAACUAGAAGAAUUGGUUAAUAUUUUGGGCACGUCUUUCCCGAAACGUGUCGUCAGCCAAAAUGUAGAUUUACCGGAACUGCAAGGUGAAAUUGACGAUAUUUCCAUUAAAAAGGCAAAGACUGCUCACAAACAUAUCUCGGGCCCCGUAUUAGUCGAGGACACAUGUUUAUGUUUCACAGCUCUUAAAGGUUUGCCAGGCCCAUACAUAAAAUGGUUUUUGGAAAAAUUAGGUCCUGAUGGAUUAUUCACUUUGCUGCAAGGCUUUGAAGAUAAGUCUGCCGAGGCAGUAUGUACAUUCGCCUACCAUCCGGGAGGAGAAAACGACGAAGUUAUCUUAUUUCAAGGACGGACGCAGGGGGAGAUUGUAUCUCCUAGAGGUCGGCGGGAUUUUGGUUGGGAUCCUUGCUUCCAGCCCAAAGGGUACAAAAUGACCUAUGGCGAAAUGAGCAAAGAAGAAAAGAAUAAAAUAUCACAUAGGUUUAAAGCUCUGGAUAAACUACAAGAAUAUUUUAACAAUAAUACCUAAAAA